GGUCCGUUCAGUUGGAGAAUUGACUGACUGAGUGUGAGAAAGAAAGAGAAAGAGAAAGAGGGAGGGGGGGAGGAGAAAAAGAAGUGGAGACGAGGCGAGGGAGGAGGCUGCGCUGAGUUGGGGAGAUGGAGAGGAGCAGGAGCACCGUGGUGGUGACAGGUUUUGGUCCCUUUGGGGAGCACACUACCAACGCAAGUUGGGUCGCUGUGCAGGAGUUACAGAAGCUUGGGUUGGGCGAUGAAGUGACGAUGUACGUGUACGAGGUUCCGGUGGAGUACCAGAAGGUCCUGGAUCUGAUCCCUUCUCUGUGGAGACGCCACAAUCCCGAGUUGCUCAUCCACGUGGGAGUUUCGGGAAUGGCCACCACCGUGACGUUGGAGAAAUGCGGGCACAACCACGGCUACAAGGGGCUGGACAAUCUCUGCUACUGCCCAGACAGUCACUGCUGCGUCCAGGGAGGGCCCGACUGCAUCGAGUCCAUCGUCGACAUGGACGCCGUGUGCAACACGAUGGCAGACCCGCAGCUGGACGUGGUCGUCUCGGUUUCAAAGGACGCGGGAAGGUACCUGUGCGAUUUCACCUACUACACCUCCCUGCACCAGAGCCACGGGCGCUCGGCCUUCAUUCACGUCCCCCCGUUGGGGAAGCCUUACACGGCAGAGCAGUUGGGACGGGCUCUGCAAGCCAUCAUCGGGGCGAUGCUGGGCAUGCUGCCGCACACCAACGCCAAGAUGAACUGCCUGUUGCAGCACUGAGCUGUCGGCCAAGGCACGAGAGGACCCACGCUCGACACCGUAAUCUCUCUUUCCAAACCGUUGUGGGGAACGGCCCUGACCCUGGUCCUGGUCCUGGCUGCCAUUGUACAGUGCACUUGUUGGGGAGUGGGGCAGGGGCGGGGGCGAUUUAGUGGGAUUGGGGCCUGUAUCGUGGUAACUAUUGUCUUUCCUGCAGGGUAAACCUCAUUUAUAGUUUGCAGCUCCAAGAAGCCAAGUCAGGACUGAAAUGUAGAGUCACCACCUCCUGGGCUUCUGCAAACAAUAGGAUUUACAGAAAUGAACAUAGCAUUAAGUAUAUGUUUUAAAAUAUCUAUUUCCAGUUAGGAAUCUUUAGACUGAGCCUGGCAUCGACAUGUUUGAUCUUUUAUUACUCAUUGAUAACCUUGCCUUUUUUAAAUUAUGUAUUUAUAAGAGACUUUAGCAACAGUUCUAUGAUUCUC